CUUUUCCACAGACAGAAGGAUGAGCGAUGAGCGGUUGGUGCUGCAGGUGCGCUUGUGGCAGGGAGCGAGACGCGCAUGGGAGGACGCUGAGGCCAGUGCCCUUGGCCAUGCGUCAUCAUACUGUACAGCACUCACCCGCCUCAGGACUCAGUGGCAGACUGUACGUUCGCCACAGCAGGAGCAGCAUGAACCCACACCCGAGGAUGCCGCUUUCAUGAAGGCCAUGGAUGCACGGGACUUUCUCUCGGCCCACCUCAAGAAGCUGGAGGGCAUUUUGGAGAAGAUGCGUGCGAUUGCCAGCAACCUGCAGCGGGAGAUGGAUCGACAGCAGACCACGCCAUCGUCAACCCCGCUGCGGCGCGCCAACAAGCCAUCAUCAACAUCGAGGCUGCCGCCAUGCGACCUGGCGUCGCACAUGUCGGCGCUCGUGGCCCUCCACGACAAAGAGCUGCAGUUGAAGCACACCUUGCUGGCAGACAUGGGCACCGCGCCCGCUCGCACACACCAGCUGGUGUGUCUCUCCGCGUGGCUGGAGCAGCCUUUCCUCGCCAUUGACGGCCAACACCACCUUGAGGCCAUCAGCCAGUGGUUCGCUAUCGUCUCUGACAGAUCCUGAGCGGCCCGGGCCCUGGUCGCGCACGUGCACACGCGAGUGCACGCACCCGUCCAUUAAUUUUUAUGUGAUGAAAAUGAUGCGGCUGGUCGCUGAUUUGUGGUGGUGGUUGUGGUGGUUGCGGUGGUGGUGAUGACAUGGGGCAUGGCGAAGGUGAGACAUGGUGCUGUGCUGGGUUGGACACCAAGGAUGAGGGUGGCUCGUGCAGUGGCGGACGGGUUUUACUGCGGCGAUGCCAACUUGGGCGUGACACGUAACAGACUGCAGCGACAACAGCAAAAACAAGGGGCCGGCGCUGAUGGGGCGAAGGAAGGGCUCAGCGAUCACUGCUUCUUCGCCUUUGCUGCCAUGCGCGCCAACGCCUGUCACACGUGCAAAUGCAGGCAUGGACGUGAGACUCCGACCAACAGCAGCAGCUGCUACUGCAGCUGCAGAAUGUACACCACUCGUGCGCAGUGAUGUCUUCCACCACAACAGCAACCCACAACAGCAACCACAACAGCAACCACAACAGCAACCCACAACGAUGCAUCACCACCACGACGGUAUCACUUGCUGCAUCACCCAUCACCACGCACCUGCUUGCGGACUUUCUUCAUGGUGCUGAUGCUCAUCUCGCCGGCGAGCGGCGGGUAGAUGGUGGCAGCAAGGCUCUGCAGUUUGUGCGAGAGCGUGCCCGUUGUGCGCGACUCGUACCCGAGACUGCGCAGGCACGCAUUGACCGCUGCUGGCGCCGUGGCAAUGAACAGGUUGGCCUUGGCUCGCACCUGUUUGGUGUGUGUGUGUGUGUGUGCGCGUGUGUGCGUGUAUGUGUGCGUGCGUGCCAGUUAGUGUGUUUGAUCUGUGAGGUGACUGCCGUGUUGUCGACUGCCGUCAACCACGGCGCACUAAAACUAGGACCCAAGAUAAGCCGUGGUGCUAUCGGACAAUAAACAACAGAAACGUC